UAUCUUCAGACUUCGAUGCGGCGUAGUAGUACUGUGACCAUUACAUACUAGAGUUAGCUUUCUUCUCAACAGAUCGUUGUGUUACACGCGCCGCCUUGAGAAAAAUGCAGUACGGACCGGAGCAACCGAGAGUCACUCUCUACAUAAUCCUCACCACCGCGUUUCUCUCUCUCUGUUUCCUCCUCUCUCUCUUUUCCUCUUCCCACUCUUCAUCUUCCUACACCGGACGACGCGAAGAUCUACGACCCGACCCGAGACUCUUUCCUUCUUCCUCAUCCAAAAUCGCCGCCGAUACAGCUCCUCCAUCAAUCGCUUACCUAAUCUCUGGAUCUUCCGGUGACUCGCGACGGAUCCUUCGUCUUCUCUACGCUACUUACCAUCCUCGAAAUCGGUAUCUUCUCCAUCUCGAUAGCUUAGCUGCUCAAUCCGAACGAGACGGUCUCGCUGUUGCUGUACAAGAUGUACCGAUCUUUCGAGCUGCAAAGAACGUUGAUGUUAUUGGGAAGCCUGAUUUCGCGUAUCAGAGAGGAUCGUCUCCGAUGGCUUCUACGCUUCAUGGUGCUUCGAUUCUUCUUAGAUUGUCUGGAGCUUGGGAUUGGUUUCUUAAUCUCAAUGUUGAUGAUUACCCUCUCCUUACUCAAGAUGAGCUUCUUCACAUUAUGUCACAUUUGCCUAAGGACUUGAACUUUGUGAACCACACUAGUUACAUUGGCUGGAAAGAGUCAAGGAGGUUGAAGCCAGUUAUUGUUGAUCCAGGGCUCUAUCUUGUGGAGAAAACUGAUAUGUUUUUCGCUUCACAGAAACGGGAGUUGCCUAAGGCUUUCAAGUUAUUCUCAGGUCCAUCUUUCUCCAUCUUAAGCCGUAAUUUUAUAGAGCAUUGUGUCUUGGGCACUGACAACUUCCCUCGGACUCUACUCAUGUACUUGUCUAACACACCUGAUUCCCUCUCCAACUACUUCCCAACUAUUCUCUGCAACUCAAAUCUCUUCAAGAAGACCAUCAUCAACAACAACUUACUUUAUGUAGCUUCUAACGAGACUGUUAAAGAAAGAUACCACCGGCUUGAUCAUAAAGAGUUCACAGAAAUGGUUGAAACCGGAGCAGCCUUUGCAAGUGGAUUCAGGUCCGAUGACCCUGUCCUUGAUCGCAUCGAUCAUGAACUUCUGGGACGCAAACACGGUGAAGUUGUGCCUGGUGGUUGGUGUUUAGGAGAUUCUGGUAAAAACAGCAGCUCAUGUUCCGUCUGGGGUGACUCGGGCAUUCUAAGGCCUGGUUCUGGUUCCGAUAGGCUUGAGAGACGAAUUGUUAAGUUAUUGUCAAACGAUUGGUUCAGAUCGCACCAAUGCAUAUCCGAAUAAAUCCUCAACGCACAUUCGAGAGAGUAUACAUAGUUGUUUUAGACGCGAAGAAGAUAACGGGGUAGUGUACUGUGUACGCUUGUGUAUCUGUAAAGAGUUCGAGUGUUCGACUUCCACAUUGUAAUAUGUGAGUUUGAGAUAGGUGAUUCAUUGUUGUAACAUCUCGAAGCAUUUUUUAUUCUACCUUCGUUUGUAUUGUCAGAAAUGUAACGACUGACUGGUUUCAUUGGAUUUAUUUGGUUGAGUCUUCUUAACCGGUAUAAAUUUUGGCAAUCAUCUUGUAAUA